AUGACAUGGGACGAUAGCGAGAACCCCGAGGGCAGCGGAGAUUUUACCGCGCCGACUAUUGACCAAUUGUGGGCGGAGGAAGGCGUCAAUGACAACCAGGAGUUAAUUGAUAUGUCGGACAAAGCGUUUUGGACGGUAUCAUCUUCCAAAGAAGAACAUGGUGUUGUAAACUUAACUGACGACUCUCCAUACACUUUCUGGCAAAGUGAUGGAGCGCAACCUCAUAUUGUAGAUAUCCAAUUCAGUAAACGGGUUGAGCUUGAGAGAUUCGAGAUUUUCCUCGACUACCAGCAGGACGAGUCUUACACACCUGCUGAAAUCGCCCUGUUUGCUGGCACUGGGCUACACGAUCUGGUUCGGAUCAGUGUGUAUGAGCUCGACCGCCCCGAGGGCUGGUUUCACCUGCUGCUGAAUGAGACGCGCAAGGACGGAUUUCUCAAAUGCUUUAUGUUGAGACUCAAGAUUACUGCAAAUCACGACAAUGGUCGAGAUACCCGAGUGCGCGCAAUCCGCCUGCUGGGGCCCCCCGUCGCAUCAGAUCAUAUGGCCUGGCGGUAA